GGCGCCAGCGGCGGGCGGGAUCCUGCGAGGCGCGUGAAGCCUCGCUGGCGCCUCGUCCGGCUCCCAGUCGCCGGCGGGCGCGGAGUUUCUCACGACCGGCCGAGUCCGCCUCCGCUGUCUCACCAUUUCCGAAAGCAUCAAGAUUUUUUAUGGACCCAUUCAUCAAAUGAAAUAUACCUGUUCUAUUUUUUAAAAACUUUGUACUUCAUCAUAGAAAAAUUUACCCCUCAAAUGAAAAUGAGGGCAAUUGAGGUGAUUUAAUGUGAGGACAUUUGAGAAAGUGUUCCUUACAUCACUGAAGUAAAGGUUAAAUACUGAAUAGACUAGUCCUAAACACUUAUUUUUUAAACCAGGAGGAUUUCUUCUUGAGAGAAAAACAACUUUAUCCAGUAUGUAUUUUCUGAAAUUAAAAGAGAGAGAUAAGAAUAGACUUAAAAUAGAUGAAGAUGUUUAGUGAAUUAGCAAUGUUUACUCUUUUCUGAUGAAGAAAUUCAGUAAUGUUAAAUCCUUUCCAAAACCCUGGUUGUGGUCUUAAAGACAAGGCUCCUUUUAAUGGGACUGUUAUUGAGGGAAGUGGGACCUUUUGUUCAUUCAACUGACAGUUGUAGAACUUGCAGUCAUCGGCAUGAGUGACUUAAAAGAGGAAAUCAAGAAGCUUUCAACUAAAUCCAAAAGUACAGUCAUUUUUUUACCACUGUGAUUUUAAAAGCCUCUUCAUAACCAUUGAACAAGAAUUAACAACUAUUUUAAAAGAUUAAAGGAAGGCAGAUGUCUGCAAACAAUUCCCCUCCAUCAGCUCAGAAGUCUGUAUUACCUGCAUCUCUUCCUGCUGUGCUUCCAACUCCUUCUCCGUGUUCAAGUCCCAAGACAGGACUCUCUGCUCGACUCUCUAAUGGAAGCUUCAGUGCACAGUCCCUUACCAACUCCAGAGGCUCAGUGCAUACAAUUUCAUUUCUACUACAGAUUGGCCUUACACGGGAGAGUAUUACCAUUGAAGCCCAGGAGCUAUCUUUAUCUGCUGUCAGGGAUCUUGUGUGCUCCAUUGUUUAUCAGAAGUUUCCGGAGUGUGGAUUCUUUGGCAUGUAUGACAAAAUUCUCCUCUUUCGCCAUGACAUGAAUUCAGAAAAUAUUUUGCAGCUGAUUACCUCAGCAGAUGAAAUACAUGAAGGAGACCUAGUAGAAGUUGUUCUUUCAGCUUUGGCCACUGUAGAAGAUUUCCAGAUUCGUCCACAUGCUCUUUAUGUACAUUCUUACAAAGCUCCUACUUUCUGUGAUUAUUGUGGUGAGAUGCUCUGGGGAUUGGUACGUCAGGGACUGAAAUGUGAAGGCUGUGGAUUAAAUUAUCAUAAACGAUGUGCCUUCAAGAUUCCAAAUAACUGUAGUGGAGUAAGAAAGAGACGUCUGUCAAAUGUAUCUCUGCCAGGACCUGGCCUCUCUGUUCCAAGACCGCUACAAACUGAAUGUGUGGCCCUUCCCACUGAAGAGUCACAUGUUCACCAGGAACCAAGUAAGAGAAUUCCUUCUUGGAGUGGUCGCCCAAUUUGGAUGGAAAAGAUGGUAAUGUGCAGAGUAAAAGUUCCACAUACAUUUGCUGUUCACUCUUAUGCCCGUCCCACAAUUUGUCAGUACUGCAAGCGGUUACUGAAAGGCCUUUUCCGCCAAGGAAUGCAAUGUAAAGAUUGUAAAUUCAACUGCCAUAAACGCUGUGCAUCAAAAGUGCCAAGAGAUUGCCUUGGAGAGGUUACUUUCAAUGGAGAACCUUCCAGUCUGGGAACAGAUGCAGAUAUACCAAUGGAUAUUGACAGUAGUGACAUGAACAGUGAUGGUAGUCGGGGCUUGGAUGACACAGAAGAACCAUCUCCCCCAGAAGAUAAAAUGUUCUUCCUGGAUCCAUCCGAUCUUGAUGUAGAAAAAGAUGAAGAAACUGUUAAAACAAUCAGUCCAUCAACAAGCAAUAAUAUUCCACUAAUGAGGGUUGUACAAUCCAUCAAGCACACAAAGAGGAAGAGCAGCACCAUGGUGAAGGAAGGGUGGAUGGUACAUUACACCAGCAGGGACACCCUGAGGAAGAGGCAUUAUUGGAGACUUGAUAGCAAAUGUCUAACAUUGUUUCAAAAUGAAUCUGGAUCAAAGUACUAUAAGGAAAUUCCACUUUCAGAAAUUCUUCGCAUAUCUUCGCCACAAGAUUUCACAAACGUUUCACAAGGCAGCAACCCACACUGUUUUGAAAUCAUCACUGAUACUAUGGUAUACUUCGCUGGUGAGAACAAUGGGGACAGCUCUCACAAUCCUGUUCUUGCUGCCACUGGAGUUGGACUUGAUGUAGCACAGAGCUGGGAAAAAGCAAUUCGCCAAGCUCUUAUGCCUGUUACCCCUCAAGCAAGUGUUUGCGCUUCUCCUGGGCAAGGGAAAGAUCACAAAGAUUUAUCUACCAGUAUCUCUGUAUCUAAUUGUCAAAUCCAGGAAAAUGUGGACAUUAGUACUGUUUACCAGAUCUUUGCAGAUGAGGUGCUUGGUUCAGGCCAGUUUGGUAUUGUUUAUGGAGGAAAACAUAGAAAGACUGGAAGGGAUGUGGCUAUUAAAGUAAUUGAUAAGAUGAGAUUCCCUACAAAACAGGAAAGUCAACUCCGUAAUGAAGUGGCUAUUUUACAGAAUUUACACCAUCCUGGGAUUGUAAACCUGGAAUGUAUGUUUGAAACCCCAGAACGAGUGUUUGUUGUGAUGGAAAAGCUGCAUGGAGAUAUGUUGGAAAUGAUUCUAUCCAGCGAGAAAAGUAGACUUCCAGAACGAAUUACUAAAUUCAUGGUCACACAGAUUCUUGUUGCUUUGAGGAAUCUACAUUUUAAGAACAUUGUACACUGUGAUUUAAAGCCAGAAAAUGUACUACUCGCAUCAGCAGAGCCAUUUCCUCAGGUGAAGCUGUGUGACUUUGGUUUUGCACGCAUCAUUGGUGAGAAGUCAUUCAGGAGGUCUGUAGUAGGAACUCCAGCAUACUUGGCCCCUGAAGUUCUUAGGAGCAAAGGUUACAACCGUUCUCUAGAUAUGUGGUCAGUGGGCGUUAUCGUCUAUGUGAGCCUCAGUGGCACGUUUCCUUUCAAUGAAGAUGAAGAUAUAAAUGACCAAAUCCAAAAUGCUGCAUUUAUGUACCCACCAAAUCCAUGGAGAGAAAUUUCUGGUGAAGCAAUUGACUUGAUAAACAAUCUACUUCAAGUGAAGAUGAGAAAACGUUACAGUGUGGACAAAUCUCUUAGUCAUCCCUGGCUACAGGACUAUCAGACUUGGCUUGACCUUCGAGAAUUUGAAACUCGCAUUGGAGAACGUUAUAUUACACACGAAAGUGAUGAUGCCCGUUGGGAAAUACAUGCAUACACACACAACCUUGUAUACCCAAAGCACUUCAUUAUGGCUCCUAAUCCAGAUGAUAUGGAAGAAGAUCCUUAAUAAUCAGUGAUCUAACGUCAUUAAGGAAGGAUUUCAUUUUAUGGAUUGAUACUCUACUGCAAAACUGUUCUUUCUACGCUGUCAUCUGCAGGGAUUCAAAGGCAUGAGGAAUAUAAGAAAUCAGUGACACCAAUACUGUAGUUCAUAAUGAGUAGGUCCAAGAGGGGAAAGUGAGUAACAGAAACACAUUUUCAUAGCAUAAGCGAUAACUGGUUUUUGUGUUUUUUUCUAAUCUUUCAGUUUAGUACAAUAGCGGCACUUAAUUUAUAUUGCCUUUCUUGUUCUUGUGUUAUUUUUUUAAGAAGAAAAAAACAAGGCUAGCGCCCAGUUAUUGCAUAGUUCAACCAAAUAAUACAAGAGUUGUAGGUUGAUUACUAAAUAGGUUUGCAUUUAAAAGAUAACAAAGGCUACUAGCAUGUGAUUUAACAUUUGUUUAACUGACCAUAGAGACCUUGAAGGGUUUUUCCUUGACAUAUAGAAAAGGAGCACUGGAAUGGUUACCCUUUGAUUUUAGGUCAAUCAGGACUCCAAAAUGAUCCCUAAGAGACUCUGCAUAUACUCUGUACAACAUAAAAAUUAAAGUUACCAUCUUUUGUGAGUAUGUUGCCACAGCCUCUAAGAUAAUUUAGGACAACUGAUAAUACAAAACCAGGAGCAGGAACUGCUAGUCUGUCUAAGUGCUGAAUUGUUAGUCUUCUCAUAGCUCAACUCUGCUGCUAAAUAUUCAUGUUUCCCAUUGACACCACUGUGAUGCCACAAUUGGAUUUCAACAUUCAGUGGGUAAAGGGAUAAACAAUUUAGAGUUGAAUAAUUGGAGAGGGGUAAGGUCAGUGCAGGGUCAAUUAAUGCUAUAGGAAAGACUAGCAAACAGUAUCCUUUUUUCCUUUCCUUAGCUUAGGGAGAGCUUUACAGAUUAUUUGGAAUAUUUUUAAAACCAACCAUUUUAAGGAGUUUGGGGGAAUGAGUAGGUAGAAAAUCAAAUAGUUAAUAAAGGCAGGGCUGUAUAAGGCAAGUAAAGGAAAACUGAAGUAAGUUCUGUGUUUUGUUUUGUUUUUUAAACAUUUCAGCUCCAGCAACAGCUAAAAUUUUUUCCCCUACUCAUAUAUAAUAUUGAAGAGGUCAUUUUUCAUAGCUUUUAGAAAGUUACUAAUAGUUCUCCCCCAAAAUGAUUUAAGAUCUGGGACUAUCCACUUAUACAAAAAACCUAGUGGCUUUUUGUUUCUUCAUUCCUUAGUAAUCAUUGUAAGCCCCCCCCCCCUUUUUUUUAAUAUCUCAAAACCCAAAAGAUUUAGAAAACCUGAAUUUAAGUCAUGGCUCCAUUCUUUAUUAGCUGUGUAUAAGCCUAUAUAGGCAGCUAACAAUCUUGAAUUCUUCAGUCUAUCAAAUGAAGAUCAUAAUUUGAAAAUUAACUGGAAUAAUGUUCAUUGCUAUAUUUAUAUAAUCAAACCAUACAAAGCCAUGAAAUUAAUUGCACUCUUUUUGUUCUUGUUGAAUGCCUAAGAAAAGUUAUCUUAAAAAAAAAAUUUGUAAAGGCACUGUCAAAUAAUUUGGAGUUGAGUAAUUACUCCAAAUACCUUUUAACUUGCAUAGCUUUGUGUUGAUGUGAAGUUGUAUUUGUAUAAGAAAUGUUAGAAACAUUUAAUAAUGUACAAAGUAGUCUAUAAUGACACUGUUCAGUACAUUUUUAUAUUUUUUGUUACAUCCUACUUUUUGUAAAUAUUCUCAAGCUUGAUAAUAAAAUGUAUUUCCAUAUCACCAUACUUUUCCAUGUGCAAACCUGAGCCUAUAUCUACCAGAGGUAUCCAAAGAAAAUAUUAUUUGGUUGUGUUAUUUUCCCAGGCCUUGGUAAGAGAACUAUUUUGAAAAUAGUAUUUGUAAAUUAAAAUAAUGCUAUUAUUUAAGAACACUGAUAUUUUUUAAUUGCCUAAAAUAAAAAACACCUCAUUGUAAUAAUUUUACAUGAAAUUUGAGGUUAAUUAUCUGGAGGUCUCAUUUCUUGGCAUUAAAGUUUGGAAUAUUUACAACUACCAAUUUUUCAGGAACUACUAUCAAAUAUUCAACUAUUGUAACUGCUUUGAAGACUUAAAUAAGUUAAACACCUAAUAUCAAAAUCAGUUUUCUAGUUUUUAAGAG